AGCGGGGUGUAUAGUUCACGCAAACUCUGCGCCCAUAAGCUUCUCAGUUGGCACGACGCGAGUUCGUGUCUGGACGUGGCGGAUCUGUGUUCUGAAUUCGAAAUAUUUUGAGAUUUCGAAAUAUUCGAGUUAUGCCAGUGUGUUACUGUGAAGGUGGCAGUGUUUAAACCUUGUGUAUCUAUUGUACAUAGACGAAAUAUGGAAUGGUUGUUCGGAAGUUUGUUUUUUUAAAAGUCAACGGAUCUUCAGAUGGCAGUCGGCCGAUGUAAACAUAAAGCCGAAAUGAGAUGAGUAUGCGUGUGGCGUGGGCCAGGUGGUACUGGAUUGUUAUAUUCACGACGUGCGCUGCACGGACCGCCAGCGACUGGCUCGACUGCGCCCACAUCGCAACCUGUCGUUGCAAAUGGUCCUCGGGCAAGAAAACAGCCACGUGUGCCUCCAGUGACCUACGCCGCCCACCAUCUCUCUCAUCAGAUAUCCAAGUCCUCGAUCUGCACGACAACCCGCUAAGAAAUCUGCCCCAAGCAGUUUUUGCUAAUAUUGGCCUUUUGAAUUUGCAAAGAUUGAAUCUGAAAGCGACGAAAUUGAGGUCGAUCCAUGCCGAUGCAUUUUUAGAGUUAAGAAUUUUAAUCGAAGUCGAUUUAGCCGAUAACGACCUGUCUAACCUACCGAGAGAUAUAUUUAGAGGCAACGAAAGACUGCGCCUAGUUGUACUAAGCAACAAUCCUCUGACUACAUUAAUUGCAGACCAAUUUCCACCAUUACCGCAUUUACGGAUGCUUCUAUUAGAUGGUUGUAGACUGAGAUCUUUGCAUACAAAUUCAUUGAGAAAUCUAAAAUCACUAGAGACAAUAGAUUUACGUAGAAAUCAGCUAACAUUCCUUCGUUUAAUCACGUUUUCAUUACCUGCUUUAAAGACUGUGUCACUGUCAGGAAAUCCAUGGCGAUGUGAUUGCCGUCUUCGUGAGUUUAAGGACUGGUUUUUAGAUAGUAAAUUGGGUACAGAAGAGUUAGUGUGCGUAGAACCGUCAACACAAGCAGGUAAUAAGUGGCGUAACGUACCAAGUGACAGUAUGGCCUGUGCGCCAGAAGUGCGAUCAAGUACAUUAGUGGUUAGAGCUGAAAUCGGUGCACCUACAUCUUUCGGUUGCUGGGUUCAUGGAGUUCCAAAACCACAAAUUACAUGGUUAUUUGAUGGUGUAGAUGUACAUAAUGGUACUGUUGAUGUCGAUAUGGAAGAGUCAGAAACUAGUAUAGACGAUGAUAAUUUCGAAGUUAGAGUACCUGGAAGUGUUAGAUGGGUUAAUAUUACUCUUUUAAAUGUAACCUCUAGUGCUGCUGGAGAGUGGACGUGUGUAGCUAAAAGUAUCGCAGGAGAAGCGAGAGCUAUUAUAAGUUUAGUUUUGCCCAGAUCCCAAACCGCAACUGCUCGUACUGCUCCUGGUAUUCCUCAGCUUUUAGGAGUUGUAUUUGGCGCUUUAGGUGUUUUAGCCAGCCUUGGAUUUAUUGCUGCUGUUGCCUGUUGGCAUUUAAGGAGAAGAACUGUUCCAGCGAGUCGAAGCUUUACUGACCAAGAAAAAAGACUUAUCGAUGCAUCAGUAGUUGUUAGCUGCGAUCGCUCUAUCGGAGAUAUGGCCUCGCCUUGUGAUUUUGAGUUAACUGAAAGAUCAUUAUCAGUUGAUGAUAAUCAACCUAGAGGGUGUGGUUUCGACCCUGUUCAUAUAACUAUAGAAGGUACUCCUGGAACUUUUCCGCCUCCUCCAGCGGAGUUUGCAGUACCUGUUCCUUAUGGCAAUAUAUUCAUAUCCGUGCAAGUGGCAGGGAGAGGUGAGCCUGGAAAGUAUCCAGAUUUAUUGAGUGGUGGAGCUACUCUACCGAGGCGGAGUAGAACAUGUUGUGCUACACCUGCAUAUGAUAAUAUGGGUCCAAGAGUGACAGCUACUGGAAGUUCUACCUGGUCAUUGCCAGGCGCCAACUCAGAAAACGCAGAACAGUCAGAGACACCUGUUUUAACAUUACCACCUCCACCUCCAGAGUUUGUCUCCCUUUAGCCUAGGCCAUUGGUACUAGACGCCUCUAACCUGAGGUGACCUGGUACCUAGGACAUUUCGAGUCAAUUAGACUAUUCCCAAUUUUAUUGUAUUUAAUGCAAUUUUGACGUGAUUAUUCAUUUGUAAAUAGUUUAGAGUGCUAAGUGCGGACGAUGUGUGACAUCCUGUGAGAUAAUAAGUAAGAUUGUUAUCAAUAUAACAUUAUAUUGUAUAAUAAACUAUUUAAGAAACUUGUUAAUAUGUUGGGAUGAUUGAAGUUGCGACAUCUUCAAAGAGAUGAGAAUGCGUCUCAAGUUAAAUGCCGAAGAUUGCUUUGUAAUCUGUGAACUACUCGUAUUUAAGUGAGACGUACCGUAACUUAUUUCGCAUUUCUCAUUAAAUAUUACAGCUAGUUUUUCACCUUAUUUGUCUCUAGAUAUUCCUUUUAAGUCUUACGCGUAUGUGUCUUCCCAACUUUUGUAAAUAUCAUUUAUUCGUAUUAUACAAACUUCCCAAACAUAAGACUGACCCUUUUGUCUUGUUUUCGUCUCUCUUUGUGACUUUAACGAAAGUGUAUAUACACCUCUUAGACAAGAUAGCUUCAACAUUUACUUUAAAAGCAAAAUAUCUAAUGUAAAUGAAAAUAAACAGAUGAUGUACAAGA